UGUACAGCGCAGAGGCAGUCGAGUUGAAGGGAAACGAAGGCAUUCGUUAUGCGCAUGCUCUGACAUUGGGUCAAUCUCAAUGGUUGUGUACAGUCAGCAAUUCUGAAUACUAGCGAUCGACAUAAUUUUGCUCGUAGACGUUUAACGUUUCAAGAGCGUUCAGUUUUGUGCGAGUUUCAUUUCCUGCAAGUUGGAAACAUUGUUUUGCAACAAUGUGCUGGCUUGAAAUCCUAGGAUUCGUAACCGCUUUGGUGCUCAUUCUAAAAUCAGUUUACAACUUGAGCCAUUUUGUUUAUGUCAAUUUCCUGGGCCGACUUCUUGGCCACGGCCUCAACAUCAGCAAGUGUGGUCCUUGGGCGGUGGUAACGGGUGCAACAGACGGAAUCGGAAAAUCUUAUGCUCGUUUGUUGGCAGCGGAAGGCUUGAACGUGGUGCUAGUCAGUAGGACACCGGCCAAGCUCGAGAAAGUUGCCGACGAAAUCAAGAAUGAGUACGGCUCGAUUGAAAUCAAGACGAUUGCAGUCGACUUCACAGAUGGCAACUCGAUCUACUCUAAACUUGAAGCAGAGCUGAGUCAGCUCGAGAUUGGCAUUUUGAUUAACAAUGUAGGGAUAGCUGUUGGUUUCGCCGAACGCUUUGCUGAUAUCGCUGACGAGAAGAGUCUUAACGAUAUCAUCAACUGCAAUAUAUUAUCUAUGGUCCGAAUGUCCAGAUUGGUUUUACCCCAAAUGAUUAAACGAAAGAAGGGCGUCAUCGUCAAUAUCGGGUCGAUAUCAGGAGCAUUCGCCACCCCUUUGGCUACAAUUUACGGUGCAACCAAGGGAUUUGUUGAUAAAUUUUCUCGUGAUUUAUCGUCUGAAGUGAGAGAAUCGGGUGUUAUUGUUCAAACGGUUCAUCCGGGCUUCGUCGUCACCAAUAUGUCGAAAUUGAGGAGGGCCAAUUGGAAAUCUCCUAGUCCGGAUAGGUUUGUCGCAGCUGCUUUGUCCACUUUAGGCCUGGCCGACCGCACGUCUGGGUUUUGGUUCCACUCCAUUCAGCUUUACUGGGGCGAAUUAAUAAGAUUUCUUUUUCCGGAAUCAAUGGCAUUUUUUAUGAUUAAAUUUCUGGAAUCUUAUCGUCAGAGAGUAUUCAACAGGCAGAGUCAAUCAAAACUUGUGAGAUUAAAUUUCAUCGUAUCCAAUACACAAAUGUCGGGUUGCUGCUUGGCAGAAUGUGUUGGCUGGGCAGCUUUGGCCGUCUUUGCAGCCAAAUCCUUGUAUAACGUGUCUCAUUUCAUUUACACAACUUUUUUGGGCCGUCUGUUAGGACAUGGCAUCGAUCUCGCAUCUUGUGGGCCAUGGGCAGUUGUCACCGGAGCUACCGAUGGCAUAGGAAAAUCAUUUGCCAAACAACUUGCUGCAGCUGGUCUGAACGUCGUUUUAGUUAGCCGGAAUUCCGCGAAACUACAGAAAGUAGCCGAUGAAAUUAAAAGUGAGCACAGCUCGAUCCAGGUGAAAACGAUCGCCGUAGACUUCACCGAAAGCCAGAAAAUCUACAACACUCUGAGAGAUGAACUGAACAAGUUGCAAAUCGGCAUUUUGAUCAACAACGUUGGCAUGUUGAUCGGAUUUGGCCAGCGCUUUGGCAACAUAGAGGACGAUAAGAGCAUUCACGAUAUCAUCAACUGCAACAUAUUGAGCAUGGCACGCAUGUGUCACAUCAUUUUGCCUCAAAUGACCAAACGCAAAAAGGGCGUCAUCGUCAAUGUGGGAUCACUUUCAAGCGCAAUGCCUACACCCUAUCUCACCAUUUACGGCGCUACAAAAGCAUUCGUUGAGAAAUUCUCGCGCGAUUUAGCGGCCGAGGUCCAGUCUUUGGGUAUUACCGUUCAAACGGUCCAUCCUGGUUACGUGGCCACCAACAUGGCCAGUCAUAUGAAACCGUCAUAUAUCAGCCCCCAUCCGGAUACGUUCGCUGCGGCAACUCUGCGCACUCUUGGGCUAGAGCAGCGAACGGCAGGAUAUUGGACUCACAAGAUACAGUUGUAUUUCACCGAUCUUGCCAAUUUCUUUAUACCGCGUCACCUGUUGGAAAGUGGCGUCAUAAAGCAUUUUGACGAAUUGAAGAAAGCCGCUCAAAAUAAAAAAUCUCGCUAAAACACGAUUUACGAUUCUGAUGCUUUAGUGGACAGAAAUAUACAACGAUCUUUGUUGUCUGAA